GGAGAGCGAGUCGCUACGGGGCUCGGAGAGGCGUGGGCCAUGGACGCUGGGGGCCGCGGGACCCGUUCCCGCUCUGCCCCUUGCCCCAGGCCCUCGCCGCGCGGGGGGACCAUGAGCCUCUUCCCUUCGUAAGCCGCCUUCUCCCGGGGCCGGGGCGGCUUCUGCCCUCGCCCGCCUAGUCUGUCCUUCCGCGGUGCGUCCCGGCAAUUGAGGGGCGCGGUCCGGAGGCCUCCCCCCGCGGCUGGAGAUGGACAAGAAGUCGUUCGAGACGGUGCUGGAUGAGAUCCGGAAGGCUGUAUUGACUGAAUACAAGCUAAAGGCUAUUGAAUAUGUACAUGGAUACUUCUCUGGUGAACAGGUUGUUGAGUUGUUAAGAUACUUUUCUUGGGCAGAACCACAGCUGAAAGCAAUAAAGGCUUUACAGCAUAAAAUGGUUGCUAUCCCAGCAUCAAAAAUGGUUAACAUCCUCAACUGUUUCACCUUUAGCAAAGACAAGCUUAUCGCUUUAGAAAUCUUAGCUUGCAACAUUGUUGAUGCUCAGAAUUAUCGUCUUGUUGAAGAUCUGUUCAGGAUUAAUAUGUCAGAGAAGAAAAGGUGCAGGAGAAUUCUUGAGCAGGCUUCCAAAGUAGGCUGUAAAGCGCCUCAUGCCAUGAUAUCUUCCUGUGGUAUGAUUCCUGGAAACCCUUAUCCAAAGGGAAAACCAAGUCGCAUAAAUGGGAUUUUUCCAGGAACACCUGUCAAGAAGGAGAAUGAAGACGGCAGUAGUGAAGGAAAGGGAAUAGCAGCCCGUAUACUUGGACCAUCCAAACCAGCUCCAUCAACGUACAAUCCACACAAACCUGUUCCAUAUCCCAUUCCACCAUGUCGGCCACAUGCAACUAUUGCACCAAGUGCUUACAACAAUGCAGGUCUAGUUUCCAUGGCAAAUGUUAUAGCUCCUGGCUUGCCAGCUCCUCCACCAUAUACCCCUAAUCAAGUGGUAUCAGAAAAUGAAGACCUUUCCAAUCAGACAAAACCUUCCCAAAAUCAAGCUUUUUCUGCACAAGUGAAUCAGCUCUUUACUCCUCAUGGUUCUAAUCCUUCGACAUCUGCUGCUACUCCCAUCCCUACCCCAUCACCUGUCAAGGCAAUAAGCCAUCCAUUAGCACCUGCAACUCCACUCAUCCCUGGGAUGAGCAUGUCUACCCCAGUUCUUCCUGUUUUCCCAGGACAGGUGUCCUCUUCCAUUCAUACAUCUCAGCCAUCUACCCCAACCCCUACUGUCAUUAAAUCCCUUUCAUUGCCUGGUGUUCCUGUCACGUCUGUUCAUAGCGCAACCUCUACCCCCAUUCCUGCAGUUUUCUCUGGCCUGGCUUCUGUACCAGCUGCUGCACCAGCUCCGCACAGUUCUUCCACACCAUGUGCUACACCUGCACCUAAUGAGGCUUUUGCAUCUGCUGCCGCACCAUUUGCUGGCCUGCCUUUUCCUGCAACCACCUCAAUUGCUUCAGCUAAUAAUUCUGCUCCAUUGUCAUCAGUUUUUGCUGGCCUCCCCUUGUCUUUGCCCCCCACUCCUCAAGGCAUUUCUAGUCCUGUUCCCUCUGCAAUUGCUAGCUCUCCUGCCACUACCAUCUCUGGUUCACUAAACCUGCCUAACCCAAUUUUGUCUGUGUUGAAGGGACUUCUGCCAUCGAACGAUACCUCGUUAAUCAAUUCAUCUGCUUUAACUUCCGUUGUGACAAGUGAGCUUGCUUCCUUGUCUGCUCUUACUAAUCAAAGCACUGACCCUCCUGCUGCCUCUGUAAACAAAUGUUAUACUCCAUCUGCUACACCCACCCCACAACGCUCUUCCACUCCAGGGCUCGCCAUUUUCCAAGGUCUUCCUUCUCCCUCCGUGGCCAAUCCCAGUUCCACUCCUCCAAUAUUGCCUGCACAAUCACCUUUAAGCACUUCACCCUCUGUUAUACCAGUCAGCUGUGGCUCCUCAUCCUCCCUCUUGCAUGGCACCAGCCCCACUAAUAAUGAGCAGCAAAUUUCAUCAGCCCCAGUGCCCACAAGUAUCCCAGUUCUGGUGAAAACAGAACGCAUGAGCCCUACUCUCUCAGCCUUCAAAGGCCCUUCUCACUCAGCUGGCUCUUCUCAUGGCACUUUAGGAUUGUCAGCACUUGGGCGUGCCUAUACCUCAGCAACUUCUGUACCAGUCAGUUUACCCAGUUCCCUUAAUCCAGCAUUAUCUGGUCUCUCCUCUUUGAGUGCUCCUUUAAACAGCUCCACUUCUCUUGCCUCAAUUUCCUUGGCCACACAUGGUUCCUCAGCUCCGAUUGCCCCUGUAUUUAAUGGACUUCCUCCUUUCACGUCCCUGACCAGUAACUUUGCUUUUACUGGUAACCCAGCACUUACACCCCCGGUCACUCUGCCAGGGUCUUUGUUAGCUGCUCCGUCUACUACUGCUUCAGCUGUAUCUGCUGCUCAUGUGAAUACCACAGCAGUCGUUCUCUCGGGACUCGCUGCUUCAGCAACAGUCUCUGCUCCACCCUUUUCGCUUAAUUUGUCUAGUGCUGUUCCCUCCCUAUUUUCUGUCACCCAGGGGCCUCUGGGAUCAUCAAAUCCAUCCUUCCCUGGUUUUCCUGUCUCUAACACACCCACUGUCACUCCUGCUCUCCCUUCUUUCCCUGGCCUCCAGGCAUCUUCCACAGUAGCAGCAGUUGCACCGUUGCCGGCAGCUGCCACAGCUCCAUCUCCGGCUCCGGUCCUGCCAGGGUUUGCCUCGGCCUUUAGCUCAAACUUCAACUCUGCACUUGUUGCACAGGCUGGCUUGACUUCAGGGCUGCAGACCCCAGGAAAUACAGUUUUCCCUGGUCUUUUGUCUCUUCCUGGCAUCCCUGGAUUUCCUCAAAGUGCCGCACAAUCUUCCUUGCAGGAACUGCAGCACAGUGCGGCAGCACAGUCAGCACUACUACAGGCACAUCCAGCUUCAGGUCUGGAGAGCUAUCCAGCUCAAACUGAUGGUUUUGCCAGCUAUCCCUCUGCACCAGGAGCACCAUUUUCACUGCAGACAAGUCUACCCCAGAGUGGAUGGCAAUAAAUGCUAUCAUCUUUCUGACAAGAGAGGCAUUUUUUUGAAGACUACAGUAGUUGCUUGACACAGACUGGCCCUGUCCCCAUUGAGCUCAGUUGCAUAAUGUUCACUGACUUCAAUGAGAGCAUGACCUGAUUUAGAGUUGGGGAAGGAGAGGGAAGACACGAAGAGGGUAAAGUGGUUCUGGGAAACUGAUCCUAUGUUUGACUGCAAACAAAUUCACAAAUACUUUUGCUUAACAAAGAAAACAGGGUCUGGUCUAGUAAAAACUGGGCAUCCUUGACUGUCACUAGUCCUAAUGAGUUGAAUGUUUGGUUCCUCACAGGAUCAGGGACUUUAAACACUGAUUUUUGUAAAUAAAACAAUUGGCAGCUAAAUUAUAUGGGGAUGAUAGUAUACCUACUCUGUAUCUUUUUUUGCCUCUCAGUCUUUUACAUUUUGUAUGGUAAAGUGUGGUUAAUGUAGAAAGAACACCUAGAUUGAAAUUAGACACUUAAGGCUGUAGAUGUUCCUUUGCCUAGAUGCAUAACUCUUGUUAAUGUCAGUGGGAGUUGUGUGCACAGAACAAGGUCCUUAUAUGGCUCUUAGAAUCUAUUCUCUCCUUUAUAUGCAUGAGUAAUUUGUAUAGCAUCAAUAGGAUGCCAUGGGGAGACUGACUGGACUUGUUUUUUUUUUUAAAUGGUACAUGAAAUGUUGUCAUGGGCCUGCUGCUGAAUUGAAUUCUAAUCUGAGUCAGACCAGAAGAAAAGUUAGAAAUAAUGUACUGUAUUCAGAUAGAAAUGAAUUGCUUUUUAAUUGAGUAUGUUUUUAGCUAGGCAGGAACACUUACAGAUCUGCAAAUAUUCUUUUAAAUAUUUCUCCAGGGUAUACUUUUGAGCAUUGCCCCUACAUGAAUUAUAAUAAUGAUACCCUGAGCAGGUUACAUCUCCUGAUUGCUGUACUAUAUAACUUCUGUGAAUGUUUACAGUCAUGGGUCAAAUUCUGCUCUCACUUGUACUGCUUUAACCCCAAUAAAUAUAUCCAGGCUUUUUGUGUAACCAGCUUUGACAGUCAAGCUACCCCAUGAAUAUAAGUGGACACAGAACUUAGCCCUUGGAUUUUUAGUAUUUUUCCUUGGAAAACUUAAAUGAUUUUAAAGGCGAAUAACUGAAUGAACUCUAUAAGCUAGAGAAGGUAUGACAGUAUAUAGAACAGUCUUGCUUUGUUGGUGAAAUGCAGUGUGCACUCUCUUCAUGAUUUUAGUAUCUGUGGCAAUGUGUAACCCAACUGAAUAUCAUCUAUUUAAGAGAAACCCUUGUUCCAGUUAUAGAAGAUGAUAGAGAGGACUCUGAUAUCCGAUUAUGUGAUUAAAUUAAACUGUAGAGGAUGUACUGUAGGACAGCUCUGUACCUAGAGUUUUACUUUUUUAAAGAUGGAUUCUGCUGGAAGAUGUUGCUAACAUAUUUUCCUUCAACAUGUGAACAAACUUUUUUAAAACGUAAAUGGAAAUUCCUGUAUUGGUUUUUAACACGGUUUUUUAAAAUAAAAAGUUUACAGUCAUGGCA